AUGCCCCGAAAAGGCGUUGCGCUGGUCAAGACGCCAAACAAAAAUGACAAAUACAAGAUCGUUGAUUCAGACAGCAACAGCCUCUCUUCCGAUGGCAAUCUCAGCGACCUUGGUCAUUCCCCAGACAAGGUGGAAGAGGUACCAAAGCGCGACUGUGCUGCCAAGCCCAAGACCCAUGGCCCAGUUAAAGUGCGAGUGAAGGUUCGAGAGCCGUUGCGCCAGCCUCGCCAAGCUCCCCGAGCCUCGGGACAAAGCGAAAGCGACACGCUUGCAAAUGCUCUCUCCACAACACAACCUACUCACGCCCGCCCUCAAGCUACAGGCCAAAACAAAGCGUCUACCAAGGCUAGCAUCGACCAUCGAACACAGGAGAAAGCGCCAGAAACAGUGAGCUCCACCGCGCGCGGCAAAACACUACGCAAUAACUGCACCUCGCCCAUCCCAGACGACCUUCGCACCAAGAACAUGGCUGCAGGCAACUCGUACAUCCCCCCGAGCCAGCAGCGCCAUAUGCGCGCCUGCAUGGUCUGCUCCAUCGUCAGAACCCAUCAGCAGUUUCUUCAGCAAGGCUGCCCCAACUGCGAGGACAUUCUCGAGUUGAUUGGCAACCCUGAGCAAAUCAACGACUGCACGUCACAAGUCUUCGAAGGCCUAAUCACUGUCGCGGAUACAAAGAGGAGCUGGGUCGCCAGGUAUCAGCGCCUAGAAGGAUACGUUCCGGGCGUCUACGCCACUCAGGUCGAGGGUAUCCUGCCCGAAGAUGUCAUCGGAGCUGUCGAGAACGCAGGCAUCAACUACGUGCCGAGGGAUGGAAGCGAGCAGGAGAUGCUUCCCAAGGACUAG